AUGAAACCUCUAGAGAUACUAUCAUUGUUCUUCAUUGUUGGCUUUGCGAUAGUUUGUGCGGAUAAUACACCAAUAUGUUGGGAUCACCCGAAUCCGUUAAAACCAUCUGAAAGAAAACGAGCUUCAUGUUAUUCAACAAAUUCAAAUGAUUUAUUAUCAUUCACAAAACGUGACGAAUCCGACAUGUUUAAUGUUACUUUUACGUGUCUGGCGAAUAAUAAAACACUUUGUAACAAAGUAAAAAACGCGUUUGAUUCUGCAGGACAAAUAAUUACUGCCGCGAUCGCGUUCAAAAUACCUGUAACUGUCAACGCAACCUUUACAGAUUUUUGUUCAGUUUUGAAUCAAUGUACUUUAACUUCAGGAACUCUAACGUUAGGAGGGGCUGCUCCAGCAAAAUCCAUACAAAUUACUGAUGAUGAUGGUGUACAACGAUUAUUUCCUCAAUCUCUUGUUAAACAAAGAAAUUUUACUGGUAUUAAUCAUUCUAUGUACUCAGGUUUUGACAUUUUCGCUCUUUUCAAUAGUCAAGCAGAUUAUUGGUUUGAGGGUGAUGGUAAGAUGAAAGAAACUCAGUCAGAUUUCUUAUUUGUUAUAUUACAUGAGUUGAUACAUGGAUUAGGAUUUACUUCUGGUUAUGAUGAUUUUAUUAAUGUGUCACCGCAGGCAUUGACACCACAAAUCUCGUUUUCUGAGGGUACUGGAGGUUUUACAUUUGGUGGAUUUGUAGAAAAUGUAUUCGAUAAAUGUAUGGUUAUUCUUCCAUCUGGUCAACGUAUAUCAAAUAUUACAAAACAACUUAAUACGUUUAAAGGCACAUUUACCAGUACCCAAGAUUUUGUAACUAAAUUUGAAGCGUCUUCACAAUAUCAAUUGGCUCUUAAUAUGAUGAUUGAAGCAACCACACCAAAUUCUUUAGGACUUUUACCUCCUAAAUCAACUGAUAUUUCAAAUGCGACAAUUCUUGAAACAACAUUAAAUCCUUAUAGAUCUGGUUCAAGUGUUAGUCAUUUUGAUUAUAAAACUUAUACUAGAACUAGUGAUUUCUUAAUGAGAUACUUGCAAGAACGUGGUUUAACAUUACGUCAAUCCAUAUAUUUGGGUGGGAAUUAUCCUUAUGGUCCUAUAGGUCCAAAAUUACGAAGUUUUUUACAGUCAAUAGGAUAUACUAUUCAAUAUAAACCUGGUCCAUUUGACCCUACUCCUGGUAGCAAUCCAUUCGACAAUGCCGGCAAGCCGAAUGCAGAAAUUUGUCUAUCCUUCAUAUCAUACAUAACUUCAUUCUUGUUAAUAGGUCUAGCUAUAACUUUAUGGUGA